AUGUCCAAAGAAGCUAUCGACAAAGUUCAGAAGCUCAUUGCUUCGCACAAGGUGUUUGUGGCCUCCAAGACAUACUGUCCAUACUGUUCGGCCACUAAGAAGACCCUGAGCUCGAUCGUCAAAAACGACCUAUUUGUCCUGGAACUCAACACCAUUGACGAUGGCGACGAGAUUCAGGAUGCUCUUCAGGAAAUCACGGGACAAAGAACUGUGCCAAACAUCUUCAUUGGCGGCGAACACAUUGGAGGCAACUCUGACCUGCAAUCUUUGGGCGAGUCCAAGUUGAAGGAGAAGUUGAAGAAGGUUGGUGCUAUCUAA